CAGCAUACAAAUGUUAUUUUUCAACUGUUCCUUAUCUAUAUAAUACAGAUAUAAUUUACUCAGUGCUCAGAAAAAAGAUAGAAUAAUGUUUUUGAUUGUCAAAGGAAGAUUACUGGUGUUCAGGUUUAAUAAAAAAUUCUUCUGAAAAAAUUAUAUCGCUUUUAAAAAAUACGAGUCAACACCUUUAAGAAAGAUACAUGAGAUAAAAAUAAAGCUGACACAAUAGCAUUAGCUGUCUUGUUGAUAGUACUUCAAUAGUUUCCUUAUGAGUUUACUCUUCAAUCCAGAAGAUAUUAUGGCAAUUCAGAAGAUAAUAUGGAAUGCUUUGUGUAAAGCUUGAGAUACUAAGAAAUGUUGUACACUGUGAAAUUUAAUCUGUUUUGCACUUGGUUAUGUGCCAACAUUGAUUACACUGUUUGUUUGAUAUAAAUGCAUGGCGGCAUUUAUGUAAGUGAAUACGUACCUAAUCGACACAAUUUUUUUUUUGGAUUUAUGACAUGAGAAGUAUAGAUAGAUUAAACUAAUAAAACGUAUAUACAGGUAUAAUUAUUGAAUUAGAGGAAAAAGACAAUGCUAUGUUAUAUGACCUCGGUGAUUAAACAGAUUAGUACAAAAAUUCAAGUGUUUAUAUUAAGGAAGAAAUAUGUUAAAAUGAUUUCGUUUGAAAGUACCUUGUGCCCUACUUUCGUUUUCGAGGACGACAUAGAGUGUGACUUUAUUUCGGAAGAAAAGUUUCAAUCGGUCACUGAAUUUACAGAUACAUUUAACGGAGAGACGGAAUACGAUUGGAGUAAAGACACAGCUGUAACAAAGAAAAGGCUUCUACUACGAGGUGAACGAGAUCCAAGUCUUGCUGAAAGUCGACUGGAUUUUGAAUUUGAUUUUAAAAACAAAAGUAUCAGUAACCAUGAAACGGUGAGACAAAAUAAGAAUGAAACAAUAUUUAAUGGGUUUGAAACUCUGUCAGUCGAAGAUAAAACACCCUUCACAGAUAAAAUUUUAAGUCCCGAUAAAGACGGAGAUAAUCUGUUAUUCAUUGCAAUAAUUGCUAAACGAACAAGUCUUUCACUUCUCCUUAUAGAUUUGAUCUCACAUUAUUCGCGCCUUAAAGUCUUUAACAAGUUAUAUCAAACCGCAUUACAUCUAGCAGCUCUGACUGACAAUGCCGAGGUUGCAAGAAGGUUAGUUAUAGCUGGAAUAGAUGUUGAACUGAGGGAUAGAGCAGGCAAUACUGCAUUACAUAUAGCUUGUAGAAAAGGAUAUAUUGAAGUAGUAGAAGCAUUGGUCACUGCAGUAACAUAUCAGGAGACAAAACUUAAUACAUAUGAAAUUCCAUACCAGCCUAUUCCACAGAAUUUCGAUAUACGGAAUAGCGAAGGACUGACAUGUCUUCAUGUAGCGGUUAUUCAUAAACACCGAAAUAUAGUUGCAUUACUUUUGUCAAAGAAUGCAAAUGUAAAUGUUAUUGAAAUGAAAGCAGGGAAAACGUGUUUGCAUAUUGCAGCAGAGUCGGGCAAUGAUGCUAUUGUUGAACUUAUACUUUCAAAAUCUAGACCAAAAUUAAGUGCAAGAACAUUUACAGGUUAUACCGCGACUGAACUCGCUCAUUAUCGUGGUCAUGACCACAUUGUAUAUAUUCUAAGGUGUAAAGGUGCACUAGCUGCAAGACCUAUUGAUACAAUAGAAAAACCAAAGCUUGAAGAUGAUGAUAUCUUAGAUGAGUUUGAUGUAGAGGAUGAUUACGACGAUGAUUAUGACGAUGAUUAUGAUGAAGACAGAGACAGUGAAGACAAUGACUGUUGGAUAAUAGACGGAUAGAAUACUUUAAUCUUCUCUUGAAGAGAUAUAGUUUAAGGCGUGUAAGUUAGAUGCGAUACUCCAAGCACUUGUUUAUUUCAGUUUUGCUUAGCUUCAAGUCAUAGCUCAAGUCCACUAAAUAAGAUGGUUAAAAUUAUUUCCCCAAAGUUCUUAAACAUUUCCGGCUCUUUUAAAAGCUUUUGACAGUUUCGGUGAAACAAUUUAAAAUCUACAAGUGUACAAUGUAUGAACUAGUUAACGGAUAUAACAAAUAAUCUUCCCUAUUUAAAACGAUAUGUACACGGAAAAAGUAACACAAAAUCAGCUGUAUUCUCAUGUUUACAUUUUAUAGAAGUUUACAUGUAUAGUGGCCAUUUUAAUUUUUGGGAUUGAACUAAUUCCCACAUAAACGUUUUGGUGUGGAAUAAGAAGUAAGUAAGGAAAUGAAACAUAGUAAAAAGUCCUCCAAAAGAUCAUGGCACAUUUUUUUAACUACUAGUAUUGCAACUGGAAUCCCGAUGUAACGUUUAAUACGUAUUGUGGCUGUUUCUGUGGAUCAUUUGUUGUAUUGUUCUACUACUGGUACACUACAGCAUAAAUAUUUCCAUUGAAUAUCAGAAAAAAAGACAUUUUAAGAUUUACGUACUGGUAUGCUUCUUUUAGUAUUUUACCAUCUAUGUCAGCGUCGGGGUGUCAAAAUUUAAAAUAUAGGUGCCAAAAUUCGGAACAUAUAAUUUCUAAUCAAAUUUAUACAUACAUAUUUAUAAAUCAAACUCGUCGGCAUUUCAGUUAAAGGGUUUGGACACCGAACAUAUGUUAUAGUAUCUCAAAGUCAGAAUGAAGAAACAAAACAUUCAUAGGAGAUUCGUAAAACAAAAAGUAUUGACAAAGUUACUGCAUAUGGGUGAAAAACUUGAUAAUAUCCGUAUUUAUUCGAAAUUCAUAAGCAGUUACGGCAAUUAUUUAUGCCUCUUGAAAUGCUUUAUUAUGUUAUGCAUGAAUGUGAAUAAAGAAAUUUUGUUUAAUUGAUUUUAUUUUAGAUAAAUUUGCAAUUCUUUGUUUAACUUAAAUCUGAAGGAAGCUGCCCUUUAAUAUUACCCAUUUUCUUUCCUGGAUUUCUUUUGAGGACUUUUUCCUGUAUUGCAUACUUAACUAAAAAAUAAAAACCAUCAUUAAAACUUCAUGUUGGAAUUAGUUUAAGGUUUUUUCAUUAUUUCUAAUAAUAACGGGCCUAGUGACAUUUAACGGGACAUCUUCUAGAAUUUGGGGAAACAGAUGGAGUGAAAAAGGAGUGCCUUGAGGGACACAUACAUUCUCCAUUCACAGCCAAAUGCAAUGUUGACAGUUAUUUUUGCUUGUACUGUUGACAAAGGGUUCUCAUCUGUUUUUCUUCUAUUAUGUAUAACCUGAACACCAAAAAGAGCGCGAUUCAUCGUAACAGUUUCUACAUUUUGCUACAUUUACCAUUGUAAUUGAGAUUUAAUCUUGUAAUUUCAUAGAAAUCUGAAGACAUCGUAAAUAAAAAUCUGAUGUUUUUGUGAA